UAAAUAAAAUUUUGAAAACGAAACAUGGUCGAGAUAAAACCAUUCGAUUCAGCACUGCAAAAAAUUGCCACUGAGGAACUAAAUGAAGUUCCCUCCAGAAUUGCCGAAGACUUGGAGUCAUUUAAAUUAUGGAUUGAACAACAACCCCAUUUGAAGGCCCGUACCGAUGAUCAAUUUCUGAUACAAUUUCUACGAGGCUGUAAAUAUAGCAUGGAAAGAGCCAAAGUGAAAAUCGAUCUUUACUAUACGCUGAAAACGAAAUUUCCCCAGAUGUUCGGCGUUUAUGAUGUAGAUGAUCGGCAAUUGCGUCGCAUGUGUCGUUUAGGCUGUUUUCUGCCAUUACCGCAACCCUUAAAUGACAACGGAUGUCGUUUGAUUGUGGGUCAUUUUAAUUAUAGUCCCAAUGACUUCACAUUGGAAGAAAUUAUCCAUCCCGGCAUUGCCAUUUCUGAACUAAUGUUCAUUGAUGAUCCAUAUGCUUGUGUAUCUGGUAUCAUGUCCAUAAUUGAUAUGUCCAAGGUGACUAUGGCCCACCUGCUGCAAGCAAGUCCACUAUUCCUCAAAACAACCGUGACAUAUGUUGAAAAAUCUCUGCCUUUGCGCAUUAAGGCCAUUUACUUUGUAAAUGUGCCGUCAAUGGCGCAUAGUUUUUUCAAAAUGUUACUACCAAUAUUCUCUGAAAAAUUACGUCAAAGGAUUAUCUUAUGCGCCAACGUGGAGGAGUUAAAACAACACAUACCUCUCAAGUAUCUGCCGGAGUAUUACGGAGGUGCAAAUGGUUCAAUGGAGGAUCAUAUAAAGGCCAUGAACGCCAAACUGGAUGAGUAUAGAGAGUAUUUCAAAGAGAACGCCAAAUAUGGUACCGAUGAAUCUUUGCGUCUUGGUAAAUCUUCAGCUGGCGAUGAUUUAUUUGGUUGUGGUGGUUCAUUUCGAAAAUUGGAAGUUGAUUUCAUCGACAACAUUAAAAUGAAGAACUUCUCAACGCUGAAUGAAGAAUUGCAAAAAAUUGCCAACGAAGAGUUGGGCGAGGUACCCUCAAGAAUCCACGAAGAUUUGGCAGCCAUACGUUUGUGGCUGCAACAUCAACCACAUUUGAAAUAUCGCGAUGAUGAUCAAUUCCUUUUGCAAUUUUUGAGAGGCUCGAAAUAUAGCAUGGAAAAGGCCAAGACCAAAUUGGAUUUGUAUUAUUCGCUGAAAUCCAAGUACCCUGAAAUGUUGAAUCUCUGCAAUGUGGAUGAUGAACGAUUUCGACAAGUCUGUAAAUUGGGGACCUUUCUGGCCUUACCCAAUCCGGUAAAUGGUGUUGGACCACGAAUUGUCCUUGGGCGCUAUUGUUAUCCCACAAAUAAAUAUAGUGUGGAGGAUAUUUUCCGUCCUGCCUGUGCUCUACAUGAAAUACUACUGGCCCAGGAUCCCUAUGCCUGCAUCUGCGGCAUUGUUUACAUUGUGGACUUUAAAGAAGCCACCGCCAGUCAUUUUCUUCAAAUGACACCCAAUUUUUGUAAGAAACUUGUUUCAUUUUUGGAAAAAUCAAUGCCUCUGCGCAUCAAAUCGGUUUAUUAUAUAAAUACGUCGGGCGCCGCUCAACAGUUUUUUAAGAUUUUAUUUCCUUUCUUUUCCCAAAAACUGAGAGAAAGGGUCCAUGUCAUGGGCGAUGAUUUAACGGAAAUGCUGAAGGAUCUCUCGCCCCAGUGUCUGCCCAAAGAUUAUGGCGGAAAUUUACCCAGCCUUGAGGAAUUGGUGUUGGAUUUUAACAAGAAAUGGGAUAGCUGCCGUGAAUUCUUCCAGGAGAAUGUCAAUUGUGGUACCGAUGAAACCCUGCGUCCCGGCAAGCCACUCGAUAUCGAUGGUCUAUUUGGUGUUGGUGGUUCUUUUAGGCAGCUUAUUGUUGAUUAAAUGAAGAAUUAAGCAUUACCAUAUUAGUAUAAUUAAAUUGGCUAUCUGGUUUUGUUUUUUACGUUCAUU